CUCUCCAGAAUGCAGCACUGCGCCGUUUAGAGAGCUCUAUGAAGAAUGGAGAGAGCAGACAGUGAGUGCCACUGAACAGCAGGAGUGACACAGAAAGCACUUCCUCGUCGGUGCUCUUUGCAGCAGACCGUUAAACGGAGAGGAUGCGCGCGGACUCCACGGCGCUCGGGAUCCUUUACGGUGUGACAGUUUGGGUCGCGAGCUGCCAUGGGGCCCGAGUGGUGAGCGGUCAGACUGUGUGUCAUGGCGGCCCUGAGAAGCCGUGCUAUAAAAUCGCGUACUUCAGUGACGUGUCGAGCCGUGUGGCCUUCUGGGAAGCUCAUCAAGUGUGUGAGGUGGACGGUGGUUCGCUCCUGAGUGUGGAGAACGUCGCUGAACAGCAGCACAUCGAACAGCUUCUGCAGAACCUCAGUAGGACCAGUUCAGGUCCGGGUAUUGCUGAUGGAGAUUUCUGGAUUGGUCUGACUCGUGUGGACAGCGGGAGUCCAGGGGAAUACGCGAGCUACAGUUCCUGUCCUGAUCUGUACAGAUGGACAGACGGAAGUGUAUCUCAGUUCAGGAACUGGUAUUUCGAUGAGCCGUCCUGUGGAGGGGAGGCGUGUGUAGUGAUGUACCAUCAGCCCACUGCUCAGGCUGGUUUAGGAGGACCGUACCUUUAUCAGUGGAACGAUGACAGGUGCAACAUGAAGCACAAUUUCAUCUGCAAGUACGAGCCAGAGAGCCACCUGGUGAAGGAGCAUGGAGACAGACCCGUGAGUCGUGAUACAGAACAUGAAGAAGAGACGAAAACUCCUGAUGUUUAUGAGGAGGAAAGCCUUUACGUCACCGUGGCAGGACCCUCAAGUAUGCUGCUGAUUUAUGUGAUCAUCCCGACCAUUCCUCUGCUCCUGCUCAUCCUCGUGGCCUCGGGGACAUGCUGCUUCCAGAUGCUAAGCAAGAGAAAACCACGGACGAAAACGAGCGUGGACCAGUCAACACUCUGGAUCUCCAAGGCGCCAAAAUCAGACAGCGCAAUGGAGGUGUAAAGGAAACUACGUUCUAUGGUUCACGCAAAUGCUCCAUCGUCUACAUACUUGUACGUGAUCUUCUAACGAAAUCCUCAGUGUUAACGUCGUGAUACACUUGACUCCUGUGAUAUUUUUCUAUGACGGCUUUUGCUGCUGUGUGCUGAAAUGAAUCUCGCCAAUUAUUUCAUUAAUCUAGGUUUCCUCUUCACCUAACAAGCCCAAUCCGUAAUCACGCCUUCAUUCCUGCGUAUCGUCUCUCAUCCUGCUCUCCGUUUCCUUCCCUCCCUCAGAGAGAGCCAUCAGAAAGCGCACUCGUUUGCAGAAGGAAAUCUUCAGCUAAUUGGCAGCAAACACAGAGAGCAAUUAAAUUACUAUAAUUAAGACGGGUGAAAGCCGUUACAGGAUCCACAUAAAGAGAUUAGUUUAAAGUGGCAGCUAAAACCAAAUAGAGUCGUGCCAGUUCGGAAAUUCCUCCGUGCCAGAAGAAAAGGCAGAUUAAAACUGCUUAUAUAUUAGCAUUAGAGCUUUAAUUUUUAAUUUUAAAGUCCCAGGGAAUAACACAGAGGCUUGUUAUCUAUAAAUAUCAAGUCUCAAGUCCUAAAUUUCGAAUUCAGAAUUAAUGCCGUUUCAAUAUUAAACAUUAGCAAUUAAUUGUAGUAUAUUAAGUGAGACUUAAACACUAGGGGUGUGCUGUUAUAGGAAAAUAAUCAACUGUGAUGAGUGAUGGCGCCCAACACUAAGUGGAGUUACUGUUGCCACCCCAAAGUUGAUUAUUUUCCAAUAAGAGCAUGCCGCAGUGUUCUAUUCCUCUUACGCCACAGUAAUUUGUCAAUGAUUACUUUUGUUUUAUUUAUUCAAGAACAGUACGUAGUACAAUUUAUCCAAUUAUUGUUACAUUUAAUCAAGUUAGCACAAAACAAGUUAGCUCUUGUUCUAACUUAAAUUAUAGAAGCUAUAAACAGCCUCUCUUUUUUCUCUAUCGGCCAGAAAACUGAAAAGCGUAAACUCUGUAAACUGUCCCGAAGACUUUUCCUGUGGUGGAAAUCUUACUGACUGUUACAAAGCGCUGACACUGGAGACUCCUUCCACGAAUGAUAUCGAAUCGAAUGUGAAGUCUAGGUCAUGUGACUUGAGUGCAGUGUAAAAUAUUUAAAAUGUUUGCAUGGUACCGUAUGUGAGUGUUAUGCUAAACAUCCACCUAACUAUGAAUUAAAAAAAAAACUACAGAAAUAUGAUAAAACAGUAUUCUAAACCAGCUAAAACUGGCUGAUCAGACUGAUCUGAGAACUGUUAGGUAGGUGUGGCAUAAUAUUCUAAUGAGCACAUUUGAUUGACAGCGAGAGUCUUCAAGCUUGCUAUGCCACUAAAGUACAAUUAAACACAACAACUCAGGAGAGAAUCGGGAAUGUACAGCUUGAUCCAGUUGUGGAGUUAGCACUUUAAGCUAUGCUUCCUAGCUUUGUGUUUGUUCACUAGCUCCACUUUUAUUUGCUAGCUUAGCUUUUGCUUGCUAGAUUAGCUUCCAUCAAAGAGUCAAAUAAAAUGUUCAAGCAGGAUUGCAUAGUUUUGCUAACAGCUUUGUGGAAGGCACAAGUACCAUCAGGUAUGUAAUUAGUACGGCUGAAUCUUACGCAAGAUUUCCCCAAGAUUAGCUCCGCCCACAUUGCAUCCAAAGGGAAAGGAAUGAUGACAAAGUUCAUGCAGACAUUACAAGUGAUUCACACUUCAUAAAUACACAAUGUAUCUCUGUAAAAGACAACAUUAGCCACAUUAGAUUACACAUUUAGGUUCCCUGGGGGUUUAAAACAACCACACUGGUGUUAGAACAAGUCGACACAUCCGUCAUUAUCCCCUGAGCGUUUCAGCUAGAGUAACAUUAGCAAAGCGUGUUUAUGUGACUGUGAGUCAGCUAUAGAAAGCCUUAGCAGACGUGGAUAUUUUUAUACGAUGUGUUUGAAAUUCUGACAUUCUGCUCAUUCUUAUAUAUGCAGUUUUUGCUCGUAAUAUUGAUCCAUAAUUUAUCAUUAAAACUGCAUAUAUAAAAGUGGCAAAUCUGUAAAAUUUCACAAUGCGUGUUGUAUAACGUGGAUUAAAUUCAUCGCCCAUACAGUAUAUACCUAUAGAAACAUGUCUGCUUGUAAAGUACAGAUCAGUGGGUUUAUUCUAUAUGUGUUUGAUUCAGAGGUCUUGUUUUCAUGUCUAUUUUUUGGGGCAGUCACGGGGAAAACCGUUAAAUAAAAGGAUGAUUGUGAAGACGUUCAA